GUUGACAUUGGGAACGGUGGGGCCGAAGCAGACAGCGGCUUAACUUACACUGUGUUUUUCUCUAAGAUUGUGAAACUUCAAUGAAGAUCUCAAUGGAUCUGACUUUCGCAUUUGUUUCACUGGCUUCGAUGUUUUCGCUGAUAUUUGGUGAAAAGUGCGAACCGAUCAGUAUUAAAUCAUGCUCUAACGCAGGCUACUCUCUAACUGCAAGAUUUCCUGAUAUAGACGGCACACCAUACCAAGACUUUCUAGCGCCACGCUUGGAUUUAUAUAACCUUUUGCUACAGUCUUGUUCAGCUUACGCUAGUACGAUCCUGUGCUCGCUGUAUUUGCCGAAAUGCGAAGAAAAACGGACAGAUCCUCAGCCUCCGUGCUACAAAGUCUGCAAAAAGUUUGCGACAGAAUGCCAAGACCUUCUUAAAAAGGCAGGCCUCGCUGGAGUUUUCACUGUACUGUGCGAUAAGCUACCCGACGGAAAUUCAACUUCAAACGAAUGUUUUUAUCCGCCAAACUUUAAACAAUCGUCAUCUGGAGGUUAGUGUGAGUAGCGCGAUAAUGUGUUCGAAUAUUGUUUACCUCGAGCGAACUUGUCAUUAACUUGAUAUAUUAUGUAACUAUUUUGAAUAUGCUAAUUGAGAAAGAGUUUGGAAUUUGAAUUUCUUGUUCAGAUAAACAAAAGUAAUGUGGCUGUUGACUUGUUAGCUCAAUUUUUUAACAUGCGGUAAGUUUAUCAUCAAGUAAUCUUCAAAACUGGAAACUCUUUAGUAACAACUAAUAAUGAUAUUACUUGAAAAAGUUCAAAAUUCUGCAUGAUCUAAUAUGGAAAAUUUAUGACAAAAAAACCAGCUCAAAAGUAACAUGAAACAAUCUUCAAACUUCUGUUGAAUAGAAUUGAUAAUUUCUCUCGUAACAGAAGUGAUAAACAAUUAACAUAGUAGGUCAGGUUAUUGAUUAUUUCCUCAAGAAAAUCUCUACUUUACCCCUAUCAGUAAUUCUCCUUGGAAACUCCAAGGGGAGAGGUUUAAAUUGUAAUUUCCUUCUACUUAAAUUGCUACACUUUUGCAGGAUCAAAACCUAUUCCUAAGUGCUAUGAUGUUGUUGACCCAGUUUGCAAGAAACAUUUACAUUAUAACAAAACAGUGAUGCCAACAAGCUUACAAACAGGAGAAGAAACUUUGUUCCAGUCGAUAAUCAACAGCAACUGUUCUGAUGAGUUGGAAAAGUUUAUUUGCUAUGCACAGUUUUCUCCUUGCGACCCCAAGCAGCCAAGAACAAUUCAGAUACCUUGCAAAUCACUCUGUGUUAGAAUUCACAAAAACUGUUGGAAGGAGUUCAACAAGGCUGGGCUACCCCUUCCACCUUGCGAUUAUGUUUACCCUGAAGAUGAUAAUAAUCCAACAGGUAUUUGUGAGGUUAAGAAGUGGCCAGCCUCAUGGCCUGCACAAUUUAGGCCACCAGCUCCUGGUGAGUGUUAAAUAACUUGGAUCAAUGUCACUGUAUCUGAGCAACUGCAUACCAACCCCUCCCUUAAUUCAACAUUAACCCCAAUGUGUUAUCAGUUGACUGUUAUUGGGUUAGGGGAGGAGUAGGUACACAGUGGCUCAGAUACUCUCAUUGAUCUGAUAACUUCAUGUCAUUGUCAGUUUUAAAAUAUUUACAUACCUUGAAUUUCAAAAUUUUGGUAAGAAGGUAUUGAGACCAAGAUGUAGAAACUGCACUAAUACAGUUGAGUAUAUUCUAGCUGGUCUGUUAAGUACUAAGAUUUUUGAAACCUUGCAUAAUUGUUUAAAUGAUUUUCUCAUUGCUGUACCUUAGCCCCACCAAAGAGUGUAUCAUUAAUGUAAUGGCUAUUAUCAGCAUAGUAUAAAUCACAGAGGCAUUAUUAUUUUACCUGGGCUUACUACCAUAAGAUAACAGUUAUCCUAAUAAACUUUGAACACCAUGAAAUACAAUUUUUUCAAACCUUUAUAGGUGUAAAUGCAUAUAAGUCUAUUUGAGUCCUAAAUCAGUUGGUCUCUUAUUGUGACACUGAUACUGUUUUUUCUAAUGGAUAGAAAUUGGAACUUGCGAGGAGCUCACUGUGAAGUCAUGUGCCAAAGCCAACUACAAAUAUACUGCUAAGUAUCUUAAAGUUGGUAAUGAGACCUUCCAACAGAAGAAAGGAAAACUGCUUGAUCAACUUAUUCCAUACAUUGAAAGUUGUUCGCCUUACAGCAGUUUAAUUCUUUGCUCAUUAUAUCUGCCCAAAUGUGUCCCUGGUAGUGCCAGACCAAUGUUACCAUGCAGACAAGUUUGUUUGGAUUUUGCGGACAAGUGCAAGACAAAAUUGACUUUGGUGUCAACUGUGGGAAUGACAAUAGCACUGUGUGAUCUUCUUCCUUUUUAUGAUGGGACACCAAACAAGUGCAUUAUGCCAGAGAGUUUUAAGAUGAAAGAUUCCUUGCAAUUAUGUAUGUUUAAUCUCAUUUGCCCAGACAAAGGGCUAAUGCUCGAAACUUCAGCUUUGAAAACCUUUUACAGUGGCCAAUUUACAUUAUCAACUCAGUUGAUAAUACUUAAAAUGACCCUGUUAUACUCUCCCACCAAUGCAGUACCACAGUUUCUUUAGAAACCUACUUCCUUUAUUCAUUAGUAUUUGAUCAUUAACAUGUUUUGAGAUGAGUGUUGUUUUUUUUUUUUGUAGUCUCCACCAGAAAUGUUUGCUACAAAGUAACAUCUUCCAAGUGUUCCAAAGACCUUCAUUAUGACAAAACCUUUUUGCCAACGGAUGAUCAGAGAGCUGCAGAACUCACCAUUCUCCAACCAGUCAUUGAUUCAGGAUGCUCACCGGACAUUGAAAAAUACUUGUGCCUGAUGCGCAUGCCAAAGUGCACAGCAGAUACUUCUGUGGUUCACUUGCCAUGCAGGGAAUUCUGCAAGAGGAUAAAUGAUGACUGUGAUGCAGUGUUUAAGGCUAACCGUAUUGUCCCCCUUCCUUGUGAUUCCUUUUUUCCUGAAGGGGGUAGUUCAACUGGGCAGUGUGACUUGAAAAGUUGGCCUGCUCCUUGGCCUUGGAAAAUUCCAGAUCCAUCUCCUCCUGUUUCAGGUAAUGACUUACUCAAUACUUCAUGGUUGUAAGUGUCAAAAGCCAAGUUGCUCAUCAGUGCUAGUUUUUAUACAGGUUUCUCUGGUAUGAGAUAAUGUUGAGUUUGUCCUCUUCCCCUGGAUGGGAUGCUGGACCAUUGCAAUUUCCCCCCUAGCCUUUUUGUCAGGUAUUCCUCCCUUGAGAGUUUGUUUACACCCAUUUACACUCAUUAGUGGAGAGGGGCUUUGCAAGAGUGAAGUGUCUUUCUCCAAGAAUGGAACACACAAUCCAGUAAGUGCUUGAUCCAGACCUCUUGAUCCAGAUGCCAGCAUGUUAACUGUCUGGCUAAUGAGUUCUCAAUGUGCAUGCACCUUCAUUGUUGUUAUCUUAUCAUUAUGGUUAUCAUUAUCAUCAUUGUUAUUGUUUUCUCUGUCAUUAUCAUUAUCAUAUUAUUAUUAUUAUUAUUGUCAUUCAAUUUGUUAUUAUUAUUAUUUUAAUAUUAUCAUUUUACUCUUAAUAAUCAUACCAGAAUCCAAAACUGUAUAGCCCAUUCUUCCCAUCCUACAAUUUUUCUACUGGUAAACGUAUUUCAUGUUGCAAGAAACAAAAAAAGAGUGUUGGUCUUAGUUAGUUUUUUUGAUAUAACUUUCUUAUCUAUAUCUUAUAACUCUAUGUUAUCUCUUUCCUCUAUGUAAUUACUGUCUUAUCUCUAGGACAUAAUUUUCUUAUCUCCAUGAUGUGAUUACCUUAUCUCUAUGUUAUAACUGCCUGAUCUCUAUUAUGCAAUUUUCUUUUCUCUCUUUUGUAACUGUCUUACCUCUACAGAUAGUCCCACCAAAUGUGUUCCCCUGAGAGUGGAGUCUUGUGCAAAUGCCGGUUAUUACUACACUGCAGACUUUCCACCGAUUGAUGGCAAACCAUAUCAGACGGUCAAAGGAAAAAGUUUGAAGUUUUUCUUGGAUUUUUUGAAUGUCUGCUCCAAAUACAGCAGCACGAUCAUGUGCUCUUUGUUCAUGCCGAAGUGUAUGGAGGGACAUCCAAAGCCAGUUAUGCCUUGUCGCAGUGUUUGUCUGGAGUUUGUAAACAAAUGUCACAGGUUACUGUCGCUGGCGUCACAUGCAGGAUUGUUCAGAUCUCUUUGUGAUCUGUUGCCUGAGCAGGAUGCAUUAUUGACCACAUGUUUCGUGCCUAAGGGAUUCACAGCGAGCACUACUUCUGGUAAGCUGUUAGCUCAGUACUUGACCAAGAGCACUGAUUAGGAUCCUGAGUGUUUUGUUUGUUUGUUUGUUUGUUUGUUUGUUUUUUCAGUCACAUCCUUAAUUAUGAGUCCCAAGUAUAUGAAUGUGAAUUUGUCUUGAGUCAGCUAAGAUUGUCACGUUAAGCCUGCUGAAAGGCGCGCUAUACAGACAGCGAGAGAGAUGUCACGUGCGCGAGAGAAGACUCUUCCCCUUUACAAACAAUGGCAGCUCCUUAGCCAAAUCGAAAGAGAUUAUGCUUAGUAUUGAUCUCCAAGAUAAUUUUUUAUUGCUUUAUUUUCGUUUUGUUUAGUCGACAGGCGAAAUGGUCAGUGUAGCAAAAUUAGAGAACCAAAAUUCUGCCCAGAUGAUUUACAUUACAAUCUGACGUUUGUGGUGGAGAACGAGCAAACGAGUGACUCAAUCCUACAGACUAUUUUGGAUUCCAAGUGUUCCCCAGACCUAGAGAAGUACCUUUGCUACACAACCGUCCCACCAUGUAAGACAAAUGAUUUGUCCGUGUAUGUGCCUUGCAGAUCUGUCUGUGAGCAGGUUUGUUGAUAGGAAUUUUAAAUUUUUGAGUAUCUUUGUGGUACAAAGCUUUGUCGGCCCUAGAGCUAAGACUCGAGUGGAAUAGGUAAAUGGAAAGAGGGUAGUAAGCGUCAGCAGUCAAUCGUCUCGGUGCAAGUGUCUCGAGACAAGGAGAUAAGUACUUAUUAACCGAGUUCGAGGUCCGUACUGUAUGUUACGCGCCAAGUAUUUUCCCGCUUGCUUUACGCUUGGGUUACAAAUCCGAGCGGAAAAACCGUGACUUACAGUACGGACCGAGAAAACCAGGUUAGCAAGAUGUUUAUUGCAUCUCUAGGUUCGGACAGUUCGCGAAGAUUUCAAUUCAAAAAAACUACAGAAUUUAGCGAGCCGCACAGAGAAAUACGACCCGCUAAAUUGACCAAUCAGAGCGCGACUAACUGGUAGAUACAAUUAUAAGAGAUAUCUCAAAUAGGAAAGUGAUAUGUGUUACAUAUGAUAUGUGUUAUAUAUAUUUUUCAUAUAUUCAUAGUCGUUUAAGAGAUAUCUUGCAACAAAGAAUUUGAGCGACAAAGCAAAAUACAUUGAUUUUGAUUCUCAUAUGAAUAGAGGGGGUAAAUUUCCAAAGAAACUGUGAUGCUGCGUCGGUGGGAGAGUAUAACAGGAUAAUUAAGUGUUAUAAUUGGAGUUGAGAGCGAAAGAAAUCGCUCUGACGAAGGGCUAACGCUUGAAACAUCAGCCUUGAAAAUUCUUAACAGUGGCCUAUUUACGUUUUCAGCUCAGUUGAUAACUCUAAAUAAUCCUGUUUGAUUCUCAUACUUUUCUUCACGUAAUUAGGUGAGAAGAGAUUGUGGAGGGGAAUUCGAAAAGAACCGUCUUCCGUUACCAGAGUGCACCUGGAUUUACCCCUGA